CGGCAUUCCGGCGAAAUCUAAGGUUCGUUCAAAGUGUCAAAGCGCGAAAUCAUGACCAAUUGUGAAAAGGCUGAGGAAUUAGUCUGCAUCAGCUGCGUAGACGAGGUACGGUACUCUUUCGUGAGCCACCUCUCCGAAGCUCUCCGCCGAAAAGGCAUAAAUAAUGUGGUCAUAGAGGUAGAAGGCGAUGAUCUGCUUUCCAAGGAGUCUGAGGCAAAGAUCGAGAAAGCUAGGGUUUCUGUGAUGAUUUUAUCCAGAAUCUGUGAGCCCACUAGAGCAUGCCACAAGUUCGAGAAGGUUCGCGAGUGCCAGAGGAACAAGAACCAGGUGGUGGUUCCAGUAUUGUACGGUGAGAGUCCAUCAUUGCUCGACUGGAUUAGCGUGCUGGAUUUGAAAGACUUAUCAGCAAUUCACCAUUCCAGAAUGGAAUGUAGUGACUCCAAACUAGUACAAGAGAUUGUGAGAGAUGUGUACGAGAAGCUCUUUUAUAAGGGACGAAUUGGAAUCUAUUCGAAGCUGCUGGAGAUUGAAAACAUGGUUAACAAGCAACCGAUAGGCAUCCGUUGUGUUGGAAUUUGGGGUAUGCCUGGCAUAGGAAAGACAACACUUGCUAAAGCAGUCUUUGACCAAAUGUCUAGCGCCUUUGAUGCUUCUUGCUUUAUCGAGGACUAUGACAAAGCUUUUCAUGAGAAGGGUCUUUAUUGUUUGCUGGAGGAACAACUUUUCAAAGAAAACCCGGGCAAUGACGCAACCAUUAUGAAACUGAGCUCGCUCAGAGACAGAUUGAACAGUAAGAGAGUUCUUGUUGUUCUCGAUGAUGUGCGCAAUGCUCUGGUUGCAGAGUCUUUUCUCGAGGGGUUUGACUGGCUAGGACCCGGAAGCUUGAUCAUCAUAACGUCUAGAGAUAAACAGGUGUUUCGCCUUUGCGGAAUCAAUCAAAUAUAUGAGGUCCAGGGUUUAAAUGAGAAAGAAGCUCUUCAACUCUUCUUGCUGUGCGCGUCUAUGGGAGAGCAGAAUCUCCACGAGUUGUCAAUGAAAGUAGUAAAUUAUGCUAAUGGAAAUCCGUUAGCUAUCAGUGUUUAUGGAAGAGAGCUGAAAGGUAAGAAAAAACUCUCAGAAAUGGAGACGGCAUUCCUCAAACUCAAGCGACGUCCUCCGUUUAAAAUUUUCGAUGCAUUUAAAAGCAGCUACGACUCACUCUGUGACAACGAGAAGAACAUUUUUCUGGACAUAGCUUGUUUCUUCCAGGGAGAAAAUGUCAACUACGUGAUACAACUGCUUGAGGGUUGUGGUUUCUUUCCACAUGUUGAAAUUGAUGUCCUUGUUGAGAAGUGUCUGGUGACUAUUUCAGAAAACCGAGUUUGGCUGCAUAAUCUGACCCAGGAUGUCGGGCGAGAAAUAAUAAAUGGAGAAACAGUACAGAUCGAGAGGCGCAGAAGACUGUGGGAACCUUGGAGCAUCAAAUAUUUAUUAGAAUAUAAUGAACACAAAGCCUGUGGAGAACCUAAAACAACCUUCAAACGUACUCAGGGCUCUGACGAGAUCGAAGGCAUGUUUCUAGACACAUCAAACUUAAGAUUUGAUGUGCAGCCCUCUGCCUUUAAGAAUAUGUUGAACCUUAAAUUGCUCAAGAUUUACUGUUCCAAUCCUGAAGUCCAUCCUGUAAUCAAUUUCCCAAAAGGCUCUCUGCAUUCUCUUCCUAAUGAGCUAAGACUCCUCCAUUGGGAGAACUAUCCUCUGCAAUCUUUGCCUCAAAGUUUUGAUCCUUGGCACCUUGUCGAAAUCAACAUGCCGUACAGUCAACUUCAAAAACUUUGGGGUGGAACCAAGAACCUGGAGAUGUUGAGGACGAUCAGGCUUUGCCAUUCCCAGCAUCUAGUUGAUAUCGAUGAUCUCUUUAAAGCUCAAAAUCUUGAGGUAAUUGAUCUCCAAGGUUGUACAAGACUGCAGAAUUUCCCAGCCGCAGGUCAAUUGCUGCGUCUACGAGUUGUAAAUCUCUCAGGUUGCAUAGAGAUUAAAAGUGUCCUAGAGAUGCCACCAAAUAUUGAGACACUACAUCUACAGGGAACUGGCAUAUUAGCAUUUCCAGUUUCCACUGUUAAGCCAAACCGCAGAGAGCUUGUGAAUUUUCUAACAGAAAUUCCGGGUCUUUCAGAGGCCUUGAAACUUGAGCGUUUAACAAGUCUGCUGGAAUCUAGCUCAUCUUGUCAAGAUCUUGGGAAGCUUAUUUGCUUGGAGUUGAAAGAUUGUUCUUGUUUGCAGAGUCUGCCAAACAUGGCUAAUUUAGAUCUUCUUAAUCUUCUUGAUCUCUCGGGUUGCUCAAGGCUCAAUUCUAUUCAGGGUUUCCCUCGGUUUCUGAAAAAGUUAUAUCUUGGUGGCACUGCAAUAAAAGAAGUGCCACAACUUCCUCAAAGUCUAGAACUCUUGAAUGCACGUGGAUCUUGUUUGCGAAGUCUGCCAAACAUGGCUAAUUUAGAAUUUCUCAAAGUUCUUGAUCUCUCUGGUUGCUCAGAGCUCGAGACUAUUCAGGGUUUUCCUCGGAACCUGAAAGAGUUAUAUUUUGCUGGCACUACGUUAAGAGAAGUGCCCGAACUUCCUUUAAGCCUAGAGCUCUUGAAUGCACAUGGUUCGGACUCGGAGAAGCUUCCUAUGCAUUACACAUUCAGCAAUUUUUUUGAUCUAUCUCCACAAGUGGUCAACGAUUUUUUGGUGAAAGCGCUGACUUAUGUAAAACACAUACCAAGAGAGUAUACGCAGGAACUCAACAAUGCUCCGACUUUCAGCUUCAGUGCGCCCUCACAUAAAAAUCAAAACACCACAUUUGGUCUGCAACCAGGAUCUUCUGUAAUUACACGACUAAAUACUUCAUGGAGGAACACGCUUGUGGGAUUUGGUAUGCUGGUGGAAGUUGCAUCUUCCGAGGACUACUGUGAUGCUACAGGUUUUGGCAUAAGUUGUGUUUGCAGAUGGAGCAACAAAGAAGGCCGCUCUUGUAGGAUAGAAAGAAAUUUUCAUUGUUGGGCUCCAGCGAAAGUUGUUUCAAAAGUUCGAAAGGAUCAUACUUUUGUCUUUUGUGAUGUCAACAUGUUCCCAAGUACCGGUGAAGGAAAUGACCCUGAUAUCUGGGCUGGCUUAGUUGUAUUUGAGUUCUUUCCUAUCAAUCAGCAGACAAAGUGUCUAGAUGAUCGGUUCAUAGUGACAAGAUGUGGAGUCCGUGUAAUAAAUGUUGCAACUGGCAAUACAAGUCUUGAGAACAUAUCACUAGUUUUGUCCUUGGAUCCGGUAGAGGUUUCUGGUUAUGAAGCAGUUAAAGAAGUAUUGAGAGUCAGCUAUGAUGAUUUACAGGAGAUGGAUAAAGUUCUAUUUCUUUACAUAUCGUCUUUGUUCAAUGACGAGGAUGUUGAUUUGGUGGCACCACUUAUUGCCGGCAUUGACUUGGAUGUUAGCUCUGGACUCAAGGUUUUAGCCGAUGUGUCUCUCAUAAGUAUAUCAUCCAAUGGGGAAAUAGUGAUGCAUUGUUUGGUACGACAAAUGGGUAAAGAAAUCCUCCAUGAACAAUCCAUGCUGCUAUCUGAUUGUGAGAGUUCCAUGACCGAGAAUUUGUCUGACUUACCAAAAAAGAAGAAGAGCAAGGCAAAGAAAGUGGUUUGCAUACCGGCUACAGACGAGGCAGAUCUAUGGACUUGGCGAAAGUACGGUCAAAAAUACAUCUUAGGUUCUAAUUUUCCAAGGAGUUACUACAGGUGCACUUACCGGUUCACGCAAGGUUGUUUAGCUACGAAACAAGUCCAACGUAGCGACACCAAUUCAAACAUGUUCGCUAUUACUUACAUCUCUGAGCAUAACCAUCCACGGCCAACUAAACGCAAGGUUCUCGACGGCUCCACUCGUUCCACUUCCUCCUCCAACUACUCAGCAACUUUUGCCUCAUCUAGAGUCCCCCAAAACAAAGACAACCCAAAUAAACCCCACUUGCCUUCCUCCUCCACUCCUCCUGGGAAUGCGGCUGUCGUGUUUAAAGAGAAGGACAUGGAGGAGUGUCAGGACAAUAUGGAGCUUGAUAAUGACGUUGAAAAUACACGUACACUGGCAUUGUUCCCAGAGUUUCAACUUCAGCCGGAGGAAGAAGACCCAUGGUCAUUCCCCUCCCACAUUAGUGGUAUAUAUGACCUGAGCCCGCCCCAGCAGUAGUGGUAUCAUGUUUUUCCUCUUCUCCCUCUGUAUGUGGCCGUCGAGGAUUGUGACCAGUAACUUGUUUGCGAGAUCUAUAAUUCACUGACGAAUCACUAGCAUCGGGAUCUCCCAAAUUUUAGUAAAUUCCUAACAAAAUACCCAUCUUUGGCUAAUAAUACACACAAAAAGGUACAAGAAACGCGACGGAGUCAACGUGUUCGCAGAUGCGUUGACUGAUGGAGAUUUCAAGGGGAUUGAGGAUUGCGCUUUUAGUCUUCUCAAACAGGUACACUGAAUCGAGACUAUGUUAGAUGAGCUUGUGAAGAUUAGAGAAGGAAUGAAGGAAGGUAAAUUCAUGGUGAUUCGGAUCUUCUACAAGUUGGUCUUAACUUGUUGAAUCCUGCAAUGCGUGAUUUUGAGUCUAAACACCUCAAGAUUUGGAAGGAAGCUUUGGAUUCGGUUACGUGUAUGAUGGGGUUUGAGUUGCAUAACAAAGGGUAGAAGAUUCUACUCUACAUCAAUAUGUUGUAAAACAAAUGGAACAUUGUGGAAAUGUGUUAGUAUGUAUAAGAAAGAAAUUAGAGCAAA